CACUCAAAAUUCACUCUCUUCGAUCGAUUGGGAGAGAGAGAUCGAGGGAAGUGUGCUCCAUCCCACCUCACUACAAAACCCCUACUUCCCAAAACCCGCUGCUGGAAUUUCCCAAAACUCACCAACAAAUAUUCGGGAAUUUGCUGUUUCGACGAAUCGAGGUGGCUUUGCUAGGGAUUUUAGGGUUUUAGUUUUAUACAAACAUGUAUAACAACGGGCAGGAUAUGUGGAACAACCCGGCGCCGCCAGGGACCAGCGGAAGCGGCGGCGCUGGAGCUAUGCCGCCAAUGAUGGCGCCGCCUGGGACUAGUGGGGCGCAACCGGUUGCGCCGCCACCGCCGUCGGUGCAGCCGUCUUACACAGUUGUGCCGACUGAGUCGCAGUUGGAUGAGAGGGCGAGGAAGUGGAUGCAGCUCAACUCGAAGCGGUACAGUGAUAAAAGGAAGUUUGGGUUUGUUGAGACGCAGAAGGAGGAUAUGCCUCCGGAGCAUGUCAGGAAAAUCAUUCGGGACCAUGGUGACAUGUCAUCAAAGAAAUAUCGCCAUGAUAAGCGUGUGUAUUUGGGAGCUCUUAAAUUUGUGCCGCAUGCUGUGUACAAACUUCUCGAAAAUAUGCCCAUGCCUUGGGAACAGGUCCGUGAAGUGAAGGUUCUAUACCACAUUACUGGGGCUAUAACAUUUGUAAAUGAAAUACCAUGGGUUGUUGAACCAAUCUAUUUAGCACAGUGGGGUACUAUGUGGAUCAUGAUGCGAAGAGAGAAAAGAGAUCGACGACAUUUUAAGAGAAUGCGUUUUCCACCUUUUGAUGAUGAAGAACCUCCUCUGGAUUAUGCUGAUAAUCUCCUAGAUGUGGAUCCUUUGGAGCCCAUCCAGUUAGAAUUAGAUGAGGAAGAAGAUUCAGCUGUUUAUACUUGGUUCUAUGACCAUAAACCACUUGUGAAGACAAAGCUUAUAAAUGGGCCGAGUUACCGGAAAUGGCACCUGUCGCUUCCUAUUAUGGCGACACUUCACCGGCUUGCUGGGCAGCUGCUGUCUGAUUUGAUUGAUCGCAAUUACUUUUACCUUUUCGAUAUGGAGUCAUUCUUCACAGCCAAAGCUCUGAACAUGUGCAUACCUGGUGGUCCUAAGUUUGAACCUCUGUAUCGUGACAUGGAGAAAGGGGAUGAGGACUGGAAUGAAUUUAAUGACAUUAAUAAACUUAUCAUUCGGUCACCUCUUAGGACAGAGUAUAGGAUUGCAUUCCCUCAUCUUUACAAUAACAGGCCUCGGAAAGUAAAGCUCAGUAUCUAUCACACUCCAAUGGUGAUGUACAUAAAAACUGAGGAUCCCGAUUUACCGGCAUUCUAUUACGACCCUCUCAUUCACCCGAUAACAAGUACAAAUAAAGAUAGGCGAGAUAGGAAGGUUUAUGAAGAAGAUGAAGAUGACGAUUUUGUUUUGCCUGAGGGAGUCGAACCAUUACUAACUAGCACUCCGAUCUAUACUGACACCACUGCCGCUGGGAUUUCACUAUUAUUUGCUCCGCGGCCUUUCAACAUGCGGUCUGGUCGGAUGAGGCGUGCUGAAGAUAUACCUCUUGUAUCUGAGUGGUACAAGGAACACUGUCCUCCAUCGUACCCUGUCAAAGUUCGUGUAAGUUACCAGAAACUGCUGAAAUGCUUUGUGUUGAAUGAGCUGCAUCACCGCCCGCCUAAAGCUCAGAAGAAGAAGCACCUGUUUAGGUCUCUCCAGGCUACAAAGUUCUUCCAGACCACUGAACUUGAUUGGGCUGAAGCAGGUCUACAAGUAUGCAAGCAAGGUUACAAUAUGCUGAAUCUUCUGAUCCACAGGAAAAAUUUGAACUACCUCCAUCUUGACUACAAUUUCAACUUGAAGCCUGUGAAGACCCUUACCACUAAGGAACGCAAAAAGUCACGGUUUGGCAAUGCCUUCCAUCUGUGCCGUGAAAUUCUGCGUUUGACGAAGCUUGUUGUUGAUGCGAAUAUCCAGUUUCGCUUAGGAAAUGUGGAUGCAUUUCAGUUGGCUGAUGGGUUGCAAUACAUUUUUUCACACGUUGGCCAGUUAACGGGUAUGUACCGGUAUAAAUACCGGCUAAUGCGGCAGAUUCGAAUGUGUAAAGACUUGAAGCAUUUGAUUUAUUACCGGUUUAAUACUGGGCCAGUCGGGAAAGGUCCUGGAUGUGGUUUUUGGGCACCUAUGUGGAGAGUAUGGUUGUUUUUCCUGCGGGGCAUAGUUCCUCUUCUGGAAAGAUGGUUGGGGAAUUUACUUGCCAGACAAUUUGAAGGACGGCACUCCAAAGGAGUGGCUAAAACUGUGACAAAGCAACGUGUUGAAAGCCACUUCGAUUUGGAGCUUCGUGCUGCUGUUAUGCAUGAUGUACUUGAUGCCAUGCCAGAGGGUAUUAAGCAAAAUAAGGCAAGAACUAUUUUGCAACAUCUGAGUGAAGCAUGGCGUUGUUGGAAAGCAAAUAUUCCUUGGAAGGUGCCUGGUUUGCCUGUUCCGAUUGAGAACAUGAUACUUCGUUAUGUGAAAUCAAAAGCUGAUUGGUGGACAAAUGUUGCUCAUUAUAAUCGAGAACGUAUUAGAAGGGGGGCGACAGUCGACAAGACUGUUUGCCGAAAGAAUCUUGGAAGAUUGACCCGCCUUUGGUUGAAGGCGGAACAGGAACGACAGCACAACUACUUGAAAGAUGGUCCAUAUGUCACACCAGAAGAAGCAGUGGCGAUAUACACUACAACUGUGCAUUGGCUGGAAUCGAGAAAAUUCUCUCCAAUCCCUUUUCCUCCAUUGUCUUACAAACACGAUACAAAACUCCUCAUCCUUGCUCUGGAGAGACUGAAGGAGUCCUACAGUGUGGCUGUUAGAUUAAACCAGUUACAAAGAGAAGAAUUGGGUUUGAUUGAGCAGGCUUAUGAUAACCCACAUGAGGCUCUGUCGCGUAUUAAACGUCAUUUACUUACGCAGCGAGCCUUCAAAGAAGUUGGAAUUGAGUUCAUGGAUUUAUAUAGCUAUCUGAUUCCCGUUUAUGAGAUCGAACCUCUUGAGAAGAUUACUGAUGCGUAUCUGGAUCAAUAUCUGUGGUAUGAGGGUGAUAAACGACACCUUUUUCCAAAUUGGAUUAAACCUGCAGAUUCGGAACCUCCACCACUGUUGGUUUACAAAUGGUGUCAAGGCAUAAACAACUUACAGGGCAUAUGGGAUACUGGUGAUGGCCAGUGUGUUGUAAUGCUUCAAACUAAAUUUGAGAAAUUUUUUGAAAAGAUUGAUCUAACCAUGCUCAACAGGCUUCUGCGUUUAGUUCUUGACCACAACAUUGCUGAUUAUGUCACUGCAAAGAACAACGUCGUUCUAUCAUACAAGGAUAUGAGUCAUACAAACUCUUAUGGGCUCAUACGAGGUCUUCAGUUUGCUUCAUUUGUUGUGCAAUACUAUGGGCUUGUCCUGGAUCUUCUGCUUCUUGGUUUGACCCGAGCCAGUGAAAUAGCUGGUCCACCACAGAUGCCCAAUGAGUUUAUUACUUAUCAUGACACCAGGGUGGAAACACGACAUCCAAUCCGAUUGUACUCCAGGUACAUUGACAAGGUGCAUAUAUUGUUCCGCUUCACUCAUGAGGAGGCACGGGACCUCAUCCAGCGCUAUCUUACUGAGCAUCCGGAUCCCAACAAUGAAAAUAUGGUUGGUUAUAACAAUAAGAAGUGCUGGCCAAGAGAUGCUAGAAUGCGACUCAUGAAGCAUGAUGUCAACCUUGGUAGAAGUGUGUUUUGGGAUAUGAAGAAUCGUCUUCCAAGAAGUAUUACGACACUUGAGUGGGAGAACAGCUUUGUGUCGGUCUACAGCAAAGACAAUCCAAACUUGCUGUUCAGCAUGUGUGGUUUUGAAGUCCGUAUACUACCUAAGAUAAGAAUGACUCAAGAGGCUUUUAGCAAUACAAGGGAUGGUGUUUGGAAUCUGCAAAAUGAGCAGACAAAAGAACGCACUGCAGUUGCUUUCUUGCGUGUAGAUGAUGAACAUAUGAAGGUGUUCGAGAAUCGAGUAAGACAGAUUCUCAUGUCCUCUGGUUCAACAACAUUCACAAAGAUUGUCAACAAAUGGAAUACAGCUCUUAUAGGCCUCAUGACAUAUUUCCGUGAAGCAACUGUUCACACGCAAGAAUUGUUGGAUUUGCUGGUAAAGUGUGAGAAUAAAAUCCAAACACGUAUUAAGAUUGGGUUGAACUCAAAGAUGCCUAGCAGGUUCCCACCUGUCAUCUUUUACACGCCAAAGGAAAUUGGUGGACUUGGAAUGCUGUCAAUGGGUCACAUAUUGAUUCCUCAGAGUGACCUUCGUUAUAGUAAACAGACAGAUGUUGGUGUUACUCAUUUUAGGAGUGGAAUGAGUCACGAAGAGGAUCAACUGAUUCCAAAUCUGUAUCGGUACAUACAGCCAUGGGAAAGUGAGUUCAUUGAUUCGCAGCGUGUUUGGGCUGAGUAUGCAUUGAAGAGGCAGGAAGCCCAAGCACAGAACAGGCGGUUAACCCUGGAGGACUUGGAAGAUUCUUGGGAUCGGGGGAUACCUCGAAUCAAUACACUGUUUCAGAAGGAUCGCCACACCCUUGCAUACGACAAAGGGUGGAGAGUUAGAACAGAUUUUAAGCAGUAUCAGGUCCUGAAGCAAAAUCCAUUCUGGUGGACACACCAGAGGCAUGAUGGGAAGUUGUGGAACUUGAACAAUUAUCGAACUGAUGUUAUUCAAGCUCUGGGAGGAGUCGAAGGGAUUCUUGAGCAUACAUUGUUUAAGGGCACAUACUUCCCAACAUGGGAGGGUCUUUUCUGGGAGAAGGCUUCAGGUUUCGAGGAGUCUAUGAAGUAUAAGAAACUGACAAAUGCUCAACGAUCUGGACUUAAUCAAAUUCCUAACAGGAGAUUUACCCUUUGGUGGUCGCCUACUAUAAACAGAGCAAAUGUAUAUGUUGGUUUCCAAGUCCAGCUGGAUCUCACUGGGAUAUUUAUGCAUGGAAAAAUUCCAACGCUCAAGAUAUCUCUGAUCCAGAUAUUCCGUGCUCACUUGUGGCAGAAAAUACAUGAGAGUGUGGUGAUGGAUCUUUGCCAGGUUUUGGAUCAGGAGUUGGAUGCAUUGGAAAUUGAGACUGUCCAGAAAGAAACUAUUCACCCUAGGAAGAGUUACAAAAUGAACAGCUCAUGUGCUGACAUCCUACUCUUUGCUGCCCAUAGGUGGCCCAUGUCAAAGCCUAGUCUUGUGGCUGAGUCUAAGGAUGUGUUUGAUCAAAAGGCUAGCAAUAAAUACUGGAUAGAUGUGCAGCUCCGCUGGGGUGAUUAUGAUUCUCAUGAUAUUGAGCGGUACACCAGGGCAAAGUUUAUGGAUUACACAACAGACAAUAUGUCAAUCUAUCCAUCACCAACUGGUGUGAUGAUUGGAAUUGAUCUAGCAUAUAACUUGCAUUCUGCUUUUGGAAAUUGGUUCCCUGGGUCAAAGCCGUUGCUUGCCCAGGCCAUGAACAAGAUCAUGAAGUCGAAUCCAGCAUUAUAUGUUCUAAGAGAACGGAUAAGAAAAGGAUUACAGUUGUAUUCUUCAGAGCCUACAGAGCCUUAUUUAUCAUCUCAGAACUAUGGGGAGAUAUUCAGCAAUCAAAUAAUCUGGUUUGUGGAUGACACGAAUGUGUAUCGUGUCACAAUACACAAGACUUUUGAGGGAAAUCUCACAACAAAACCCAUUAAUGGUGCCAUUUUUAUAUUUAACCCCAGAACUGGUCAACUGUUUCUGAAGGUCAUUCAUACAAGUGUGUGGGCUGGGCAGAAGCGGCUUGGUCAGUUGGCCAAGUGGAAGACUGCUGAAGAAGUGGCUGCACUGGUCCGCUCGUUGCCUGUUGAGGAACAGCCAAAACAAAUCAUUGUGACACGCAAGGGAAUGUUGGAUCCCCUUGAGGUGCACUUGCUUGACUUCCCAAAUAUUGUAAUCAAAGGAAGUGAGCUGCAGUUGCCUUUCCAGGCUUGCUUGAAAAUUGAGAAAUUUGGUGAUCUAAUAUUGAAGGCCACAGAACCCCAAAUGGUCUUGUUCAACAUAUAUGAUGAUUGGUUGAAGAGUAUCUCAUCGUACACAGCCUUCUCGAGGCUGAUACUGAUUCUGCGAGCUCUUCAUGUCAACAAUGAGAAGGCAAAAAUGUUGCUGAAGCCUGACAAGACGAUUGUCACUGAGCCCCACCACAUCUGGCCUUCUUUAUCAGAUGAGCAGUGGAUGAAGGUUGAAGUUGCCCUCAGAGAUUUGAUACUUUCUGAUUAUGCAAAGAAGAACAAUGUGAACACAUCUGCAUUAACCCAAUCUGAGAUCCGUGAUAUAAUUCUUGGAGCUGAGAUUACUCCACCUUCACAACAGCGGCAGCAAAUUGCUGAGAUUGAGAAACAGGCAAAGGAGGCUAGUCAGCUCACGGCAGUCACCACAAGGACCACAAAUGUGCAUGGAGAUGAAUUGAUUGUUACCACAACAAGUCCUUAUGAACAAGCGGCAUUUGGGUCUAAAACUGAUUGGCGAGUCAGGGCUAUAUCUGCUACCAAUCUCCAUCUUCGGGUUAAUCACAUAUAUGUGAACUCGGAAGACAUCAAGGAAACGGGAUAUACUUACAUUAUGCCCAAAAACAUCUUGAAGAAGUUCAUAUGCAUUGCUGACCUGCGCACCCAGAUUGCUGGAUACCUUUAUGGCAUAAGUCCUCCAGACAAUCCCCAAGUCAAGGAGAUCCGUUGCAUUGCCAUGCCACCACAGUGGGGUACUCACCAGCAGGUUCAUCUUCCAUCAGCUCUUCCUGAACACGACUUCCUGAAUGACUUGGAGCCUUUAGGAUGGAUGCAUACACAGCCAAAUGAGCUUCCUCAACUGUCACCACAGGACCUUGCCGCUCAUGCUCGGGUCUUAUCAAACAACAAACAAUGGGAUGGGGAGAAAUGCAUAAUUCUGACUUGCAGUUUCACUCCUGGUUCGUGCUCUUUAACUGCGUACAAGCUGACCCCAUCAGGAUACGAAUGGGGAAAGAGCAACACCGAUGCAGCAAGCAAUCCUCAUGGUUACCUGCCAACUUACUAUGAGAAAGUCCAAAUGCUCUUGAGUGACCGCUUCCUCGGUUUCUACAUGGUACCCGACAACGGGCCUUGGAACUACAACUUCAUGGGUGUGAAACAUACUGUAAGCAUGAAGUAUGGGAUGAAGCUAGGCACACCCCGUGAGUACUAUCACGAGGACCAUCGUCCAACACAUUUCCUGGAAUUCAGCAACCUGGAGGAAGGUGAAACUGCAGAGGGUGAUAGGGAAGACACCUUCACGUAAUCUUUCCGAACACAUCUUCGCCGUGGUCCAUGGGAUAUUUGUUACUGUUGUACUGAACUUGUUCUAGAAGUGAAGAGUCUCCUGUUGUAAAUAUGUAUCCCGAUAGCUUACCUUUUGUAUGAAAUUACACGGGGCAUUGGCGGAUCCCUUGCUUAGCUGCUCUUUUGGAUAGUUCAUUAUAGCCUGUAAACUGCGUUUCAGAUUCUAUUUGUCAGUUUGAUUGCAGUGCUGUUUGUCUCCAUCA